AUGCCUCCCAAGAAGAAGGUUGAACGUCCCGCUACUGAGAACAUCUCUCUUGGACCUCUGGCCGGAGAUGGAAAACUCGUUUUCGGUGUCGCCCGUAUCUUUGCCUCAUUCAACGAUACCUUCGUCCACGUUACCGAUCUCAGUGGUCGCGAAACCAUUUGUCGCGUCACUGGUGGUAUGAAGGUCAAGGCUGACCGUGACGAGUCCUCUCCCUACGCUGCUAUGUUGGCUGCCCAAGACGUUGCCGCUCGCUGUAAGGAAUUGGGAAUCAAUGCUCUCCACAUCAAGAUCCGUGCUACCGGUGGUAACGGAACCAAGACCCCUGGCCCCGGUGCCCAGUCUGCCCUCCGCGCCCUUGCCCGCUCUGGCAUGCGCAUUGGCAGGAUCGAGGACGUAACUCCCACUCCCUCUGACUCCACUCGCCGGAAGGGAGGUCGCCGCGGUCGUCGGUUGUAA